GGUGUCGUGCCGUGGGCGGCCAAUGAGUUUGGAGGUGAUGAUGUGAGUGGGCGUCAAGGAGGGAGGGGUCGGAGUGGAUGCUUGGAGGUUGUGAUUGUGGUGGCGUGUGGGAUUUUUUUUUUUUUACAACGGCGGAGACGUCCUCGCUACGAGAAGAGCAAUUUUUCUUUUCCUUUACGGGCUUUGUCUGGUGGACGUGAAUGAGACGCAUCGCCUCUUCCGGAAAUGAGGAUGGACGUGAGGAUAUUGUUACUUUUUUACAUGGCCGUACCGAGGCUUCUCACCUCAGAAGUGACGGAGGAGUGCGAGGAUGGACAGUUUCAGUGUGACAACAAAAGGUGUAUACCCACUUUGUGGAGGUGUGACGAUGACGACGAUUGCUCGGACAAUAGCGAUGAAGAAAAUUGCCCCCGGAAAACCUGCGCCCCUGCAGAGUUUGCUUGCCUGAACGGCCAAUGUGUGCCAGGGCGAUGGCGAUGUGAUGGGGAACCGGAAUGUCCCGACGGCUCUGAUGAGGCUGAGGAGACUUGCAGCAAGCAGACUUGCCCGCCAGAGAAAUUCGACUGUGGGGAAUCCAAUAAGUGUGUCUCAUUGUCGUGGAGAUGCGACGGCGAGAGGGACUGCGAGAACGGGGCGGAUGAGGAGGACUGCGCAGCUGCCCUGCUGACUUGCCGUCCUGAUGAGUUCCAGUGCGGUGACGGUUCUUGCAUCCACGGCACCAAGCAGUGUAACAAGGUCAACGACUGCCCGGAUCACAGCGAUGAAUCAGGCUGCGUCAACGGGCUUAACGAAUGUAUGAUCAACAAUGGCGGCUGCUCUCAUGUCUGCAUGGACCGACCCAUUAGCUUUGAGUGUCAUUGCCCCGCCGGCUACCAGCUACUGGACAAGAAGACCUGUGGAGACAUUGAUGAAUGUGAGAACCCGGAUGCCUGCAGCCAAAUCUGCAUCAACUACAAGGGGGAUUUUAAGUGCGAAUGCUAUGAAGGGUACGAGAUGGAUCCCGUCACAAAGACCUGCAAGGCAGAGGGAAAAAGCCCUUAUCUUCUGUUCACGAACCGACAUGAGAUCCGGCGUAUCGACCUGGUCAAGCGGGACUACAGCCAGGUGGUUUCAACCCAGAAGAACACCGUGGCUCUAGACCUCGAUGUGGCUAAUAACCGAGUCUUCUGGUGUGACCGCUUUCAUCGGAAAAUCUACAGCGCCUUCAUCCACGAGGCCGGUGACCCAGCCCAGCAGGUCCAACUGGUGGAUUCGUCACUGCAAACCCCAGCCGGCCUUGCCCUGGACUGGCUGCAACACAAUCUGUACUGGACCGACUCUGGCGACAAAUCCAUCUCGGUGGCCUCAGUGGACGGAACCAAGAGACGCAUCCUCAUCAACACUGAUCUGAGCGAGCCCAGAGCCAUAGCACUGGAUCCUCAUCAUGGUUUCAUGUACUGGUCCGACUGGGGCACAAGAGCCAAGAUAGAGAAGGCCGGGAUGAACGGAGUGGAUCGGCAAGUGCUGGUGGCUGAUAACAUUGAGUGGCCCAACGGCAUCACACUCGACGUAGCGAACCGCCGUCUGUACUGGGUGGACUCCAAGCUGCACCACAUAGCCAGCGUGGAUCUGAACGGAGCUCACCGCAGAACACACAUGACAUCUGCUGAGACGCUGGGACACCCCUACGCUCUGGCUGUGUUUGAGGAUCGUAUCUACUGGACAGACCGGGACAAGGCAUCAGUCUUCAUGGCCAACAGACUGACUGGUCAAGACAUUCACACUCUAGCUGACAACCUCAACGAUCCGCACGAUAUUGUGGUCUUCCACCAGCUGCGCCAGCUGCAAGGUCCAGAUAGCUGCAAUCUAGGCAGUGAGGCCAAUGGAGGCUGCGAGUAUUUAUGUCUUAAGGCGCCACAGAUUACCGAGCACUCUCCUAAAUACACCUGCGCCUGCCCCGAUGGACAGGACCUUGGCCGCGAUAUGAGGGCCUGUGUGCCAGCGCCGAGAAAUGACAUGCCAGCCUCUCACGCACUUCCACCCGCUACCACGGCAACAGAAGACUAUCUGCCAACUUCAGAGGGAGUAGCACAGGAAGACGCUAGCCCACGUUUGACCACAUCACAUCUUCCUUCCCUGGAGCCGCGCACGCCCCUCAGCACGCUCAAGACGGUGUCAUCGCAGGAGUCCAAGGCGCUUGGAUCUCACUCGACUGCAACCGUCACUGUGGAGUCGACCACCCCUGCAGGGGACAGCAGUGUGUCACAACACUCUGGAAGUGAACAUUUCCUCCUUGGAGAGAAUCUGACAGUGGCUGUUUUAGGAGUGGUCAUCCCCAUUGUGGUGUUCGGCUUGGUCUGCGCCGGCAUCUACCUGGUGUGGCGGAACUGGAGGCGCAACUCCACCAAGAGCAUGAACUUUGACAACCCCGUCUACCGCAAGACCACCGGCGAGGGUGAGGAGGACGAGAUCCACAUCGGUCGGACUGACGCAAUUGGGCAUCACGCGCACCACCACCACCACCACCACCCGUACCCGCAGGGUGUCGGCAUGGGGGUGGUGACCUCGGGAGGUGGCGCCUGCCCGCAGUUCAUCACCUUACCACUCGGAGGCAGCAUGCCCGAUCCGGGGACACAUUGGUAUACGGAGCAGCCCAUGCUUUCUACUGCGUGAGCCAGAAUGAGUGAAUUCAGGGGAAAAAAGAUGGCUGCCGUGACACACGGGGAGGUCAAAAGUGACUAGGGAAGUACAUAUCAUCAAAUGCCAUCCACAGCCAUGUUCUAUGCCACUUUUCCUAAUCCUACAGAUUUCAACCGCCACAAAGGUUCUCGUUGCUGCAACCGGAUCCAUUUUUCUCUGAUGACGUCACGUUUUGCAUUGAUGGAGUGUGUGUUGUGCGUCAUCUAUUUUGUAACUAAGCCACUGACUAUUUUGUCCUAGAUGUGUUUAUUUGGGAUCGGCGUUGGGCUGAGAACCGACAGUAAUUGUGGCUCUGCGUUGGAAGGGACAAUCUGUACAGAUUCAUAAUAGAAUCAAUGGCUCUGUCAAAAUGAGCUGUGUUGCCGAAGCUUCCCUGGUUUGAUUUGAAAAAGUUUCUCAGCAUUCCAGACAUGACUGAGUUGUUUGUUCUCUCCGAAUGCCAUUCCACACCGAUCAACUGAGAGACUUUACUUUUUGUUUGACCUUCGACACUCUAUAAAGCGAAAGGAUCUUAGCUUUUCAUAGUCUGCAUAAAAGGGGAAAAGGUACAUCAG